UUCUCAACACAAUAAAUUACAACAUCGAUCGGAAGAAAAAUAUUUUUCAACAAUAGCGUGACGACAGUGAUAUUUUUCGCCAUUCGUGUACAACUAUCACACAUUUCAAGAACAACAACAACAAAAAGCAUCAAUAAGGAUUGUUGAUUGUGGAUCUUGAAAGAUGUCCCUGUAUGAUGACCUUGACAUUGAUAAGGAGGAGAAAGGAGGGGUUGCAGCUGGCUGGUCCUCUAAUUAUAAACUGAUGAAAUCUCAGCUGCAGGCGAAGAAGGCUUCACUUAUACAGUCCAGUUCUAAGAGUCACAGAAAGUCAAGUACAUUAGCACCUGUUGUUGACUUUAAAAGAACGGCUGACACAACAGAUAGUCCUCUCAAAUUUAAUAUGAUCACUGGCAAGUUGGAGAAUGUACCAGUUCAGGAGAGAAUGUCAAGAGAUACACCAGUUGCACUUGGUGGAUCUCCGUUUAUUGCGUCAGAUCCGGUGCCGUCUCUGACUGGUGUAAAAGACGAGUAUAACCCUCUGCGACCGAACGAUUACGAGGAGAUAAUGAAGAAGAAGCGGGAUCAGAAACAGAAAGAAAGAGACGAAGAGGAGAGGAAGAGAGAUUCCCGUGAUUCACGAGAUAUAAGAGAUACGAGGGACACGAGGGAUAUACGAGAUUUCCGUGAUUCACCGAGAGAUAACCGGGACAGAGGAGAUGAUCGACACAGAAGGCGUGACAGAGAUAGGGACAGGGAUCGUGACGUUGGCGAGUUAGAAAGGGCACGAAGAAGACGUGAAGAUGAUGAAGACGAAUAUGAACGACCUGCAAGAAAAAAAUCUGAGAUAGGAGCAGCUAUAGCACCACCAAUGUCAUUGUUAGAGGAGCCUCCAAUCAAACCAGAGGACAAUGAUGGCUCCAUUAGUGGUAUGAUUCCAACAGGAGGAUUGUCAGUGGCUUCAAAGAUCAUGGCAAAGUAUGGUUAUAAAGAAGGUCAAGGACUUGGGAAGUCAGAACAAGGCAUGAGUACAGCAUUAUUUGUGGAGAAGACCAGUAAAAGAGGAGGGAAAAUUAUACAUGAGAGAGAUUUACCAAAAGAUACCCCACGUGAGUCAGUGACGAAUGCGAACUUAUUACGAAAUCCAACAAAGGUCAUCUUAUUAAGGAAUAUGGUUGGCCCUGGAGAAGUUGAUGAAGAUCUAGAGGGAGAAACAUUUGAGGAAUGUGGAAAAUAUGGCAAAGUUAUCAAAUGUCUCAUUUUUGAGAUGCCAAGCAACCCAGAUGAUGAGGCUGUAAGAAUUUUUGUAGAGUUUGACAGAAUAGACUCAGCAAUUAAAGCAAUAAUUGAUUUGAAUGGAAGAUAUUUUGGUGGCCGUGUAGUGAAAUGUUGUUUUUUCAAUCUCGAUAAAUUCCGAAGAUUAGACCUUGGAGCAGAUAUCGAUACCCCACCCUAGUAUACAAAAAUUAGGAUAUCUGGUUUUUAUUAUUGACAUUUCUCUCAAUUUUGGUGGCACAGUACAUUUAUAUUUGUGUCACAAAGUGUAAUGAUAGUACAAGGGUUGUUGGUGAACUUAGAAUCAAAAUAUGCUGUCUUGUACACUGAACAAUAGUUGAUGAUUUGUCAGCUACCAUUUAUGAAGACUGGCAAAUCAAGUCUUUAUGAUUCUAUCCUUUAAGCUUAUUGACGCCAACGGAUUGUUACCCAUGUGACCAAUGCAGAACAAGACCAGCUGGCACAUAUGUGCUGACUAUAUGUGCCGACUAAUUAUGGUCUGCACUGUUUCCUAUUCAGACAGAACAUAUCUUGUCAAUUUCUCUUUAAAUUAUGAAUGGUUUUGUCCAGAUUGAAAAAUGGACAAGUCCAUUUAAGAAAUAUUAACAUGGUAAGGAUAAAAUUAUUGGGUGAAAUGAUAAGUAAGAAAGAGUCAGAGACAGUUUAACAUGUUUAUUUCAUCAUUAAAAUUAUCUCGAGUAACCUUUUAGUUACUGGACCAAUCUGAAGCCAUGUGUCUGUUUAAAAACUAUGCAGAGGGAACUUUUUUUAAAAAUAAACUUAAAAUUUAUUAUAUUAUGAAGAAGUAACUCUUUAAAGUAUGCACAAUAGGUUUAAUUGGACACAAAAUAUAAACCUUACAAGUUUGUAAGGAUUUGCCUAUAUUUGGAGAUUUUCCUUUACAUCUAGCUUAACUAUUUUACAUGUAUGUGCUCUAUUGUUAAUAAGUAUUAUAAUUGAAAAAAACAACAUUUUUUAUGUAGUAUGAUGUCUGUUCAUGUUUAUGUUAAGAUGGUCGAGAAAAUAGCCUACUGUACUUACUAAUGUCAUAAAUUGUAUUUUAUGAAUGCAAAUAUACAUGUACAAUACAUGAAUGAAAUAAUAAAAAAAAUACAACUGUAUUAAAACUUG